AUGAAAUCCCAAUUUCUAUUAAAAAAUUUUAAUUAUACAUCAAAAAGAUGUAUCCAGACCUCUUUACUGUCAACUAAGAAUAGUACUCCAACUAACAAAAGAUUAGUGUCAUUCACAUCUGUCAAGAAUGCGCAUCCUGGUCCUCGUAUCCAGAAUGUUACAGACGAUGGACAUCCCGUCAUCUCGCAUAAAUGGAACUUUAAAUUAAAUGACAUAACCCAACCAUCCACAUCCACAUCCACAUCCACAACUUCAACACAAAAUAAAAAAUGGUCAAACUACUCAUUGCCUUCAAACUCAGUGUUGAAACAGAGGCAAACAGAAUUUGAAUUGAAAAAAAAAGAAAGUGAAGCUAAUAAAUCUGCUUCUUUAGUGGAUUCAAAUGAGACUUCCUCUUUGCAAACUAAAAAGAAGAAAAAGAGAUUCCUACGACCACGUAAGGCAUUGAUUACUUUAAGUCCAAAAGCAGUCACACAUCUAAGAGCCCUAUUGGAUCAACCAGAACCAAAAUUGAUCAGAAUUGGUACUAGAAAUAGAGGUUGCUCAGGAUUAACUUACGACCUUCAGUAUAUUGCAGAACCUGAAAAAUAUGACGAAAUUGUCGAACAAGAUGGAGUAAAAGUAGUUAUUGAUUCAAAAGCUUUGUUUAGCGUCGUUGGAAGCGAAAUGGAUUGGGUAGAUGAUAAACUAACCUCAAAAUUCGUAUUUAAAAAUCCAAAUUCAAAAGGAACUUGUGGCUGUGGUGAAAGUUUUAUGGUGUGA